CCCCUCUCCCCGCAUGUGUCCGAGUAGCGUUCGCAGUUUUAAGAGCCACUUCCGCACGUCAGUCAUCGGCGAGUGCUUGCUGUCGUCAGCCUCACAACCCGCCGAGGGGCGCUGACACUGUCACACUACCACUGAACUUCCCGUCAAGACACACCACAGACGAAAAGAGCUGCUACUGACGAAAAAAAGCGGAACGAUAUCGGGGUUUCGUGGAAAGGAGAGGACACGCUCCGGACUUCAAGGCUUCUGGUCAGAGAAACGCUGCCAUUGUGCUCCAGCUGAGGACGAGGGGUAACAGGUCUGCUCUGCUAAUUAGCCUGCGUGGUUCCCUGCAGAGAGCGAAGGAGCAGCGUAGCUAGCUGCAGCAGCACGGACAGGCUUACGCAGGGUGUGAGUGACUGAGUGAGGCGCUUGUUGAAGCCACAAUUGGGGCAUUUAUCAGGCUAAACUGGUGUUAGACACCAAUGGAAGCGUUCGUCCAAUAGUUACCCCCCUCUACCCCCCGUUGGACCCUGGCUCGAACCCACCACUCAGGCGCUGUCCUCGCCGGGGGGUGCCGGAUCACCGUCGCCCGGUUCUCUUAACUCCAGGCGGCGGUUCGGUCCCCCUGACCCCUGCCUCGCCUCGCCUGUUUGCCGCUCUGGCCGACCCUCGCCGAGCCCGAACAUGGCAGGGAACCUGAAGAAAGGCGGGGGGCUAAUCGGAAUGAUGAAGGAUGCCUUCCAGCCCCACCAUCACCACCUCCACUCCCAUCACCAGCCCGGGGCCGUGGACAAAAAGACAGUGGAGAAAUGCUGGAAACUGAUGGACAAGGUGGUGCGUCUAUGCCAAAACCCCAAGCUGGCUCUGAAGAACAGCCCCCCUUACAUCCUGGAUCUACUGCCUGACACCUACCAGCACCUGCGCACCAUCUUGUCUCGCUAUGAGGGCAAAAUGGAGACUCUGGGGGACAACGAGUACUUUCGGGUCUUCAUGGAGAACCUAACAAAGAAGACCAAGCAGACGAUCAGCUUGUUCAAGGAGGGCAAAGAACGCAUGUAUGAAGAAAAUUCACAACCCAGGCGGAACCUGACCAAGCUGUCGUUGAUCUUCAGCCACAUGCUGGCAGAGCUGAAGGCCAUUUUCCCCAAUGGUCUGUUUCAGGGUGACAACUUCCGCAUCACCAAGGCAGAUGCUGCAGAGUUCUGGAGGCGUGCCUUUGGGGACAAGACCAUCGUGCCUUGGAAGGUCUUCCGUCAGUCUCUUCAUGAGUUUCAUCCCAUCAGCUCUGGACUGGAGGCCAUGGCCCUCAAGUCCACCAUAGACCUCACCUGCAAUGACUACAUCUCUGUUUUUGAGUUUGAUAUCUUCACACGGCUAUUUCAGCCUUGGUCAUCCCUGCUGCGAAACUGGAACAGCUUGGCAGUUACUCACCCAGGUUACAUGGCCUUCCUCACCUACGAUGAGGUCAAAGCACGACUGCAGAAGUUCAUCCAUAAGCCUGGCAGCUACAUUUUCCGCCUGAGUUGCACACGGCUGGGCCAGUGGGCGAUCGGCUAUGUGACAGCAGAUGGAAAUAUACUGCAAACUAUUCCUCACAAUAAACCCCUCUUCCAGGCCCUCAUAGAUGGCUUCAGGGAAGGAUUCUAUUUAUUCCCUGACGGCCGGACUCAAAACCCUGAUUUGACAGGACUGUGUGAGCCUUCACCUCAAGACCACAUCAAAGUCACGCAGGAGCAAUAUGAGCUGUACUGUGAGAUGGGUUCCACUUUCCAGCUAUGUAAGAUCUGUGCUGAGAAUGACAAGGAUGUGAAGAUUGAGCCCUGUGGCCAUCUCAUGUGCACCUCUUGUCUCACUGCCUGGCAGGAAUCGGAAGGACAGGGAACGGGCUGUCCCUUCUGUCGCUGUGAGAUUAAGGGCACAGAGCCCAUAGUUGUUGAUCCUUUUGACCCCAAGGACAACAGCGGAGGCUCCUGCAGGAGCGCAAUUGGGGCCGAGGGUGCACCAUCGCCCAGUUAUGACGAUGAUGAUGAUGACAGACUUGAAGACCCCCACUUAAUGAUGAGCAAACUUGCCUGUACAAAGGUGGAGCGUCCCCCGUCACCCAUGUCCAUGGCUCCACAGUCAUCUCUUCCCCCUGUGCCACCCAGACUAGACCUGCUACCACCACACAGACCUCCCAACCCCAGUGGUGCCUCCAGCCCUGGAGUUACCUCCAAGGCAGCAUCUCACCACAAAGACAAGCCUCUCCCCCUCCCCCCAUCACUGAGGGAUCUUCCUCCUCCUCCUCCUCCAGAUCGGCCUCACACAGCCGGGGCAGCCACCGAUACACGGCUGCAGAGGCGUCCCUUACCCUGCACUCCUGGGGAGCCCACUCGAGAUAAGCUUCCUCCCACACCUCCAAACCGGCCGCUGGCUGACUGGAACUCCAGGCCUGUUCCCAAGGCCCCCACCUCCUCUUCCUCCUCGUCAUCCUCCUCGUCCUCCCAAGUGUCCAGUCUGGGAGGGGACAUUCGAGCAGGUGUCAGGGAACUCUCCAACCGACACUCCCUCCCAUUGGCACUGCCAUCUGUUCUGGACACCCGCUCAGAUUCACAGAAGAACAACAGCUCCCUCAGUCUGGAUCAUCAGCUGAGUUUUGCCGCAAUAGCUGGUCAAGAAUAUGACAACCCUAAAGUCAAGUCCUCGGCCUCAGCCAACGCUAUCUAUUCACUGGCGAUCAGACCUUCUCAGUCCCUGAGGGCAGUGGCAGGUGACGAGGCACGAGACAGUGAGGAGGAGUCGGAGUACAUGAUCCCCUCCUCUCGACCUGUCCUUCCCCCCAUCGCGGCAUCAGCUGUAGGAGAGACCCCACCUGUCCCAAGGCCGCCACAGUCUCAGGCUCUAUCUGCACUCCAAACACAGACCCAAGCCUUCUCACUCAACUCUAGGCUGGCGGUGUCUGAGCUAGAGGAUGGACCUCAGAUGUAUGAAGCUAUGUACAACAUCCAGGCCCGGGCACAACAAGCCAGAGAUUCAGACUAUUCAGAAUUGCCUCCUCUGGCGAUGACCAAUGGUCCCACGGACCUCACGACGGAGACCAGGGAGGAAGAGGAAAACGGCUAUGACUUCCCAAAACCCCGGCUGCCAAUGCCCCUUGCCCGACGGACCCUUUCAGAGCUGGUGUGUUCGUCGUCAUCGUCCUCAUCGAGCUUGUCCUCCAUGGCUGCUUAUGGACGUCUUUCUUUAGAUUCCGAUGCCGGAGCGUCAGCAUCCUUCUCAGAGCCGGUGGAAGCACCAGAGAGACCUCCAAAGCCUCUGCCCAGGCGAAUCAACUCAGAGCGCCGGCCCAGUCCUGUCCCGCCAACCCCUGCGCCGCCCAGCAGUGGGGCAACAGGAGGAGAAGCCAACCCUCAGAUCAGUAGCGAGAUAGAGCACCUCAUGAGUCAGGGAUACUCUUACCAGGACAUCCAGAAAGCACUGGUGAUUGCACAGAACAAUAUCGAAAUGGCCAAGAAUAUCCUACGCGAGUUUGUCUCCAUUCCCUCCUCCGCUCAUAUCGUUACAUAGCACACUCCUUGUGCCAUCUUUUCGCGUUUGCUCUCUCGCCCUCGCUUGGCCUCGGGGUUUACAUCGGCAUCGGCCCGAAGCCCAAUCGCCUGCAGCAUCCAGUGCUGGCUGACGCCCCGACACCCCUGUGGAUUUUAACUGGCUGAUACUCCAGCGAGCUCACAGCAUCUCUGGGACUCCACGCCCCCUGCACUCCAUGCGCUUUCAACAGUGUCUGGCCUUUGUACAACAAAAAAUAAAUAAAUACAAAUCUGUUACCGCAGGCCUCUUCUUUUUCAAGAACAUCUCCGUUUGACUGACGGAGGACAUAUGGAACCAUGACCCGGGGACGCCACAUGACGCAGGACUUGGAAAUCCUUACAAGACCAGAUUGUUAUCUUUCAUGUUGAAGCCUCUUGCUGAAAAUGUAACCAACACCUCACGGAUAAAACAAAACAAAAUGUAUGUCUAUAUUAAAAUUUAAUAUAUGAGUAAAUAUAUAGUAAAUGUGUGUAAUAUAUACAGUAUGUGCAUAUACAGUAUGCAAAACUGAUUUCAGCUUUGAGGGUCACUGUUGGCCGUGGUGAUACGGGGGGGGAGACGAGGGGAUGUGAGCGAGUGAAGUCGUGUCGGGAAGAGUUGAGGUAUCUUCCUCGCGAGGAUGUGUUAAUCGGCAACUGCUUAGACGACAUGCAGAAAAAGCUUUUUCCCCCAUUACGAAUUCAGUCUGUUAGGGCCUGUGAUUAACAACAUUGCUUUGGUACUUGGUCUGUUUUUCAGAAAUACAUCCUUGUUUUUGUCAUGUUUUUUUGUUUUUAAGUAGCAUGACGAUGGUUUCAGGUGCGGACACUUGUCUGGCAGUGUGUGUCCUUGUGUGUAUGUGAGCAUGCAUGACUGCCAGACGACCUCCUCCUCCUCCUCCUCCUCCUCAUGACCUGCUCUUAAAUGAACACCCGUUUCUGUACAUCAUGAAUGUGGAAAGAGAGUCAAACUCGCGCGCUCGCUAAACAUACUACUGCUCUAACUCAUAUGACGGGGCCCAGUGGAGCUGUACAGCCUGACGAUGAGAUUAUUAGAGGACGUACUCGUGUUGACGACCCUGCAGUACCAGACCGACGAGUGUUGUGUGAUCCGUUUGUGGCUGAAAUGUUUCUCUUCUGUUUUCGUCUAACAUCGCUGGCUGACUUGAUUCAACUUUCUGAGUCUCCAGCUCAGUCCAGUGUUAAGAAAACAAAAAAAAAAAGUCAUUGAUUUGCUUGGGUAAUAUAUUAUUGUAAUAUGAUCAUAAAUAUUGUUAUUAUAAUGAUUCAGAAGUGCUUCACUGCUGCUACCAUUGUUAGUGCAAAAACAAUUAAGCCUUAAGUGUACAUUUGUGAAUAUUGUGUUUAAGCGUCGUCCCGUUUCUUUAAAGUGACAGUAUCCCCCGUGUUUCUCCAGUCCAUAAUGUAGCAUACUUGAAAGUACAAAUCGCUUGUGAGCUUGCAGCGCUCGCAAGCUGUCAACUCUUCAGUGUUUGGUUUUGUUUUGUUUUUCUCUUUUUUUUUUUUUUUUUGUUACUUACAUUCUGUAUAACAACAAUAAUAAAGCAACAAAAAAAUGCUUUGGUUACGGCAACCAGCCAUUCGGGCUCCUCUUUCACAUCAGUUUCCUUUCUUUGUGGAGUUUGUCUGAGUGAAAGAGAGUGAGGCUUUUGAAAAAAAAGUAGGCUCAUGGGUUUCGCUGGCCCACCCCCAAGUCUACAGUGAAAUCAGUAUUUGGGCCAACUGUAAGAACUUACUCAGGAAUAAUGUUUUAUCGAAACAAGUGGCGUUUACCCAGGCUCUCGAAAACCCAGUGGAGACGCACUGGCAAAGGCAGUAGCUCCCGUGUCGGCUGUCUGUUCAUCCAGGUGACAUGUAGCCAAAAGUAUCUGCUCAAUGAAGUCACAUGAGUAGCCUUUUGUCACAUUAUAACUUGCACAUUGUUCAUAUUACCAAUAUUUGCAGGACUAGAGACGAGCGCUUCAUUUCUAGGUACUAUGAAUGAAUAAGAAAUCGAUGCACAGAGCUUUUAGGUACAUUGACUUGAACCUUUCCCAGCCUAUGAAGAAUGUUUUUAUUUUCUUUGUUAAUUUAAUCUUUUUUUUAUACAUUAGAUGACGCAUCAAUAGCUAAUCAGCCCUACAUUUCUCGGGUUUCUGCUGUCUCUUGCCUGGACGCCCUCUUCUCGCUGUCUGGACAUCUGUUCCUAGUUGCCUUGAGAAACUUUUUGAAUUAUGGGUAAUGAAACGGGGAGGUCCCCAAUCCUCAAUACUGUACCAAUGUUUUUUUGUUUGUUUUGUUUUUUAGGGCAGCGAUGUUGUGUAUUAUAUACCUAUAUUUUUUUGUUUCGGUUUCGCACAGUUAUACCAGUUUGUGCUUUGAUACUGUCACUCUAAAGAAAAUCCAAAUGUAUAAAGUUAGUGCUAUGAAAAGGAAAACAAAAUAGCUGUUUUAUUUCAUUUUGCAUUCCUGUUCGUUCAUGUAUUUUGUUCCAAAGGUUUUGUUUACUUGAGUGAAUAAUUCUGUGAGCAGUGCCAUAUGUUUAGAGAUCCUCGCCACGUUUAGAUUAAGGCCUUGUGUUUGAGGAGAGUCUGUAGGUAUUGAUUUGUACAUGUCGAUCUCUGAAGGCGAGAUUGUGCAGUAUUGCUUGUAUUAACGUGUCCUCUCUGAAUCGUCGGCAGCAUCGGGCUCGUUAAAGAGAGCUCAAGUGCUGAUCUGUGAAUUGCCUCUUACCUGCACCCCUCUCACUUAAAAGACGAAUCAAGUACCAUAUCAGUUUCACAGCCUUGGUGAUACUUGAUACCCACCAGCCCUCGUUUGCUCUUGGUCCCUCUGCUGGGGUACUUCAGCUUUCUACCAGAGGAGGGAGAUGUUGGUCCAUGUAGCUGUAUCACCCCCCUCAUCAGUUAGAGGCAUUCAUUAACUUUACGAUGGUUUUUAAAGCUCAUAUCACUUUGGAAGUAUGCACAGUGCUGUAAUAAAAUAAGCAAAAGCCA